AUGGCUGCCCCGAAUCCAGCUCCAGCAACGUUCAAUGAACAGCUGCGCGCGUUGGCCGCAUGUCUUGGCGUCUCAGUCGAUUUGGCGCCAAUUUCACAACUCGCCGCCCAGCCUGCCCAACGCGCCAAGCUCAAGCAGCUUUUGGAUGGUCAACAAGCGGGCACUGUUGCUUCAACUGUCGAGCAGAAAACCGAUGCCGCAGCUGCACUCCUGGAGUUGGAAUUACCUCUCAGCUGUGCCAAGCUGGUGGUCCGCAAUUGGUUGGGAGCUGACUUGCUUGAGGUGCUGAACGUCGAGCUUGAUUCCAAGCUAGUUACCGACCAGCUAGUCGAACAGCUGCGACUGCAGCUUGCUGCAACGAACAUCGCUGUCCCUUCUGAUCCCACAGCACUGAUUGCGACGGCAGAUGUGCUUCAAAAGGCACUUGAGUCAACAUUCCCGAACUUGGCUCCGCGACCUGAUCAGGCGAUUAGGAGUGCCAUGCAAGCACACAACUACACCCUCCAGGAUCGCGAGAGCACACUGGCAUCCCUCCGUCGGCUGGUGACAACAUUUCGUCUGCGUGUGCAUCAGCGUGCCGACGACCGAACAAUCUAUCCUGUUGCGCUCGCCGCGGCACUGCCUGGCUGUGGCAAGACUAGGAUGUGUUUGGAGACGCUGCAAACUGUUGUGGCCCCAGCAUGCCGCUCCAUGACCCAACGGAUUGGGCAUGAAACGGUCUGUCUACCCGAGAAACGCCACCCGGAACAUGCCAUCGCCAAGCGGCUUUUGGGCAGCUACUUUGCAACCCCUGAGUUGGACACCGUGGCCAACAUUUCUGUCAAGGCCGCGAUGGAUCUGAUCCGCCGAACGGAAGCAACGAAACGCACCAUUGAUCCUGCCAAGCUUCACAUCUUUAUUGCGAUUGACGAGGCCACUCGUCUUCUCAAUGCGCGCGUUGAUCCCAAGUACGAGUUGGCGGAUUGCCAGAGCUUGCGAGCUGUCACGGGCGACAAAAAGCCUGCAGCGGACAUGCAACUUGCACGACGAUUCUGGGCUCAAGCUCUGGGUCCGCUGCAGGGUAUUUGCCGGACUUUCUGGACCCCAACGUGGAUGAUGGUUGCUGGGACCAAGUCGGAGCAGCUGAGCAGUGCGAUUUCUCGUGUACUCGGUAUUGGCUCCUCCAUCCCCGUUGCGCCGGUUGAUGUUGCCCCCCUGUCUGGGUCAGCCACGGCCGGCUUGCUCGAAGAGCUCGAGCAGAACGCGCUCGCGGAAGGGAAAAUUGUGUCUCCCCACUGGCGGUUUGACGGACAAUUGAUGCGCAAGAUUCAAAAUGUGGCUGGUUUGCCCAGAUCUGUCAUUGCACUGGCCUCUGAAACAGCUGACACUCUCGGAAAAACCGAGAUCACCAACCAGCUGUUCCUCAAGCUCAUGUCACUCUGCGAUGGUGCGUCUGACAUUGCUGGCAUUGUUGCGGACGAGUUGGUGGCGCUUGGCUUGCUCUUCAGGUCACGCGACAACCAGCUACUUUUGUUUCCACGAGUGGACUUGAUUAGUUUGAUCGCCCACGACGGCCUGAACGGUCCUUGGGUCGACGCGACCAACGAAUUACUCAAGACGCUCAAAAGUUUUGAGUCAAUCGCCACGACUGGCCAGUGGCAAGGCUGGGAGCCGUUCUGUGUCACGAUCUUGAAUCUGCGCAUCUUGCUGGCGGUCGCGUUGACUCUCAAAAGGGAUCCCGAUGCUCGGUGGGUGUCGAUCCGAGCUGCUCUUCCUGGAACCGUCCCUGGCCCUUCUCCCCUCGACUUGUUCGUCAACGCGCAAGUUUGGCGCCGCAGCCGUUUCGCGGAAACUAACGGAAAAUCGACGCCAGCUCCGGCCGAAGGCCGCAUCACCCUCUGCCCUGAAAACCGCCAAGGUGUUGACGGCUGGGCCAUUGUCCAUGAGAAGAUCGAUAGAAAAUAUCUGCCAGUCACUUUGGCCCUGCAGUGCAAGCUGCAUCAAGUCGAGUCGACCUCGUCGCAUACAGACCAGAAUCUCUACCUGCAAAAGGCAAGAGCCGCACUGCCGGACGAUCAACAGCAGUCAGCGGUCGUGGCGUUGCUGACAACGUCGCGCAUGGCCAGGCUCAGCUCAAACAAGCUCGAUCCACGAUCGUUUGUGUUGGACCGAGCCGGGAUGAAAGAGUUCACUUCCGGCUUUAACGCUAUUGCUGACAUCUUUUGGAGCUACAACCCGCACCUCAGCAGUGUCGCUCGCAUGGCGACUGAGUUCUACGCGGACACAACAACCUUGGAGCAGGCCCGCAGCAUGGCUAAGGUCGUUUUCCAUAGUCGAAAAUCGUCGAUCCAGUUUGAGCGUGUGAGCGACUUGCGCCAGUUCUUGAAGGCGAGCGCCGGCAAGCCGAUCAAGGUGACGUGGACCGAAACCGUGGAUGGCAAGACGACCACUAUCACAGAGACAGUGGAGUACCCGCUCGCAGCCGUUCCAAGCGACAAAGUGCUCCAGUGGCCUUAUGCUCUUGAGCCUGCGAGCGAGAACGUCGGUGGUCAAUCUUCCGCUGACACAACUCGCGGAAGGAAGAGUCAAACUCACCGCGCUCGCUGAGAUCGACGACCAAGCAAGCUGCCAAAUCGCGAAAUCGCAAUUUUGAAGCCAUCAGCAGGAGGUCUGAUCCUUCGCAUCUCUUCAGCUUUUGUGUAACCGUGUUGUUGUUG